AGAGGCGGUAUCUGGCGGUGACUGAAUUCGUGUAUCUGAUGGUGUUUUGAGUUUGGAAACCCGAAUUAAACAUGCUGAGGACAACGUUGCUGUGUUGUUUGGCCCUUUUGGUCCUAGGGAUCUUGACUGUGGGUGCAAAGCAGCACCCAUCAGAGAAGGUUCCUUCUGAAAAUCUACCGGAUGAGGUGGAACCUUCGGAAAAACUGGGCAACAUCACUUCAGGUGGUACCCUGCUCAAACAAGGAGAGUUGACACACCAGAACAGCGAAGGAAUACAUGUCGCAUCAUGGCGGUGGGACCAUGUGAAGAUACCACUCACUAUUACCUUGUUUCUCGUGGUGACUGCCUGGUGUAAGAUCGCAUUUCAUCAGACUCCCUACUUGCCAACAAUCAUCCCGGAAUCAUGCAUGCUGGUUUUAGUGGGAACCUUAGUUGGAAUAGCAAUCCACUUUGGAGGAGGAGUGUCAAAUGACAUGCCGAAAUUCUCGGAGUACUUGUUCUUUCUGGUACUGCUGCCUCCUAUUGUACUGGAGUCUGGUUACUCUCUACACAAUAGAGUUUUCUUAGACAACUUUGGGACUGUUCUUGUCUAUGCUGUAAUUGGCACGCUCAUCAACAUAUUUACGAUUGGUCCAGCGCUGUAUCUACUGAUGGAAGCAGGUGCGAUGGGAACAUUGAGGAUGAGCUUCAUCACGUGUCUGGCAUUUAGCUCUCUGAUAGCUGCAGUCGACCCUGUAGCCGUUUUGGCAAUCUUCCAGGAGCUUGGUGUGAACACUAUGCUCUACUUCCUUGUCUUUGGUGAAUCUCUUCUAAAUGAUGCUGUUACUGUUGUAAUGUAUAACAUGAUGUCCUCUUUUCUGCUGAUGGAUACCAUUGAUGCUGGACAGAUUGCCUUGGGCUUUGCAUCAUUCUUUGUGGUCAGCCUUGGUGGUAUUGGUGUCGGGUUAGUACAUGGGAUAGUGACUGCGCUUUCCACCAAGUACACAAAACACACCAGAGCUAUGGAGCCUAUGUUAAUGCUUGGACUGGCAUAUAUGUCCUACUUAGUGGCUGAACUCUUCCAUUUCUCAGGGAUUAUCAGUAUAUUGGUGUGUGCAGUUGUACAGGCCGAAUAUGCCAAUGCUAAUAUCUCCUACAAGUCACAGACUGCCGUACAAGUUGUCAGCAAAAUGCUAAGUUCUUCAUCGGAUGUGAUCAUCUUCCUCUUCCUUGGAGUGGCCCUCGUCAGAACGAACCAUUCGUGGAACACCGGCUUUGUCAUGUGGACCAUAUUCUUGUGUCUCCUCUUCCGCUUUUUCAGUAUUUUUCUGUUGACAUUGAUUGUCAAUUGGUUUCAAGCCGUGAAGGAGAUUCACUUUGAAGAUAUGUUCAUUACAAGCUACGGCGGUCUCCGCGGAGCUGUGUGCUUCUCGCUGGCUGCAUCUCUCGCCGUCCCGUCAGAGGUCAAGGAUCUGCUUCUGACAACAACAUUUGCCGUCAUCACCUUCACCGUGUUCAUACAGGGUAUCACAAUCAAACCUCUGGUUAAACUAUUGAGAAUCCAGUUGGCUGAUGACAAAGUGACAAUGGCCCAGGAGAUGAAUGCAGCACUCAUGGACUAUCUGUCUUCUGGCAUGGAAGAGAUCUCUGGACACAUCGGGAAGAACCGGCUCCGAUCGAUAUUCGAUAAUAUUAAUCUGAAAUACAUGAAGCCGUGGCUGCAGAAUUCACCCGACUCCUCAACAAACCACAUUAUGAAAGUUUACCAGGAAUUGGUGAUGAACCAGCAUUAUGCUACUCUUGCAACAGCCAAAACAGCACCCAAAGUACAUGUAGACCAAGAACUGUUGGGUGCGGAGUCGAUAAUAGCUGGCCUUCUUGGCAUACCGGGUUCGGCCAGGCAGAGCAGGCGACUGUCCGACGUGCGGCCAGUGUCCAGCAGACCGUCCAGCAGACCGUCCAGUCGCUCUGGGUCAUUCUGGGGCAGACCAAGGUCACAGACCUCCGUCAGGCCAUCGUCGAGUCGACCGUACUCCACGGUGUCGAACAAGGACCCCUCGGUGCCUGACCUGUGGAAUGUACUGCACAGGAAUAGCAGGCGCAAUGCAUUGGAACUGCCGAGGAGCAUGGCCUUUCGCAACGACUACUGCGACCCACUGCAGGAUCUGCAGACGCGUUUGCGCAAUCGUUACCAACGGGUUGUGGAUCUGCCGCAUGUUGCUUAUGGCAAUGAGAUGCAGGAGAUGAGAAAACGCGCACAAAGUGAGCCGUGGCAAGGUAUGGGCGGUGUCGUGGAGGAAGAGGGCGAUGACUUCCAUAGUGCUGCUGAGUCGCCCAAUGAGAACGAGGAUGAAGUGCCGAAACUACGAACUGACAGCAAGAAGCGUCCGCGUCACAUGACCAUUGACAUUGGCACCCUCCGAAUGGAGGGCAACGAUUUUACGAGUCCGGAAACUGAGGAUAGCAUAAUUGCUCUGGUUGCAGCGCACAACAAAGAGGAGAAGCAGGAAUAGAAGAAGUAGGGAGAGUCUGACGCGAUGUUUAGUGUUACCAGGAACACAUGUAUAGAUUGUGUACACAUUCUAUACAGUAAACCGAUAAGUAAGCUCUAAUAUACCCUAUAACAAUUAGCAAACACCCAUAUAGAAAGUCUGUAUCUGUGAAGUAAAUCUAGCUGUGAUGUGAAAUAGCUUUUGGCAUUUCCCUUGAGUGAUAUUUAUAGAGUGAAACAACCUCUAUAGAACGAAUACCUACCUGUCUGUAAAGGACGCUGUUGUCGUUUCCCUUGAGUGAUCCUUAUAUUCAGAUUUGACUGUACAUAUGUUCGUAAUAUUACCCACAACACAUCGUUACAAGACAUUGGGCUCUGGAGCGCUGGUAGAUGCACCAGCAGAUGAAGUCACCCAACUUUAAGACCCGAGGUUGUGAUAGAUAUAUCUAGACGCUCUUAUCUCUCACCUCUGUAUGAGGUCCGUAGCUUUAAUCGGCUGUGAAUGUAUAGCUCCAGUCUUUCAGCAGAUGCUUUUUAAUGAGUGAAAUUGUACUGAAGUACUGAGUUCAACUGUAAGCCAUUGUUUUUCUGUUCCCAAUGUUAAAUUGCAUGCAUGUCUUCGAGACCCUCAUGAACAUAUGUGGACUACAGUACUAUAGGUAUACAAACGCUCAUGAUAUCACUAUUUUUUAAUUGGUGAGCCCAAUUGAGGGGCAUUAUUUUAUUCGUUUAAAUAAUCAUUUUUAGCAUACAGCUUUGCUGACAUUAGUAGUGUUAUAAGCUGCAUAUAUAUAUAUGUACUAGUUAUGACCUUUUGUCAUUAAGAUUGAAACGUUCAAUCAUUUUAUUCUAAUUAUCAUAAUUAUUACAUUCCAUGAUUCCUAUUUGACCUAAGGGGUAAUAUUAAUCCUACUUUUGCAAAUAUUGUUCGUGAUUCAUCUUUAGGCAACUGACCUAGUCGUAUAAUUAUAUAUCAUAUUUUAUAUGUAUAGACGGUAUGCUGUUGUGAUCAUUUCACUGCUAACAUUAGCAUGUGAGGUUUUACGUUGCGAUUCAGAAAAAGAUAAAGAUCAAGAGUUAUAAAACUUGAUUUCUAUAAAGUUACUGUUUACGUUGGAGUAAUUAAUGAUAUAACUGCUAGCUUUUAUAUCAAUAAUUUAAGGUUGCUUACUUAUAAUUACAUAUCAUUUAAAAAAAACUUUAAUUAUUACUAACAAUUAUAAGAGCUUUAUAUUGUAUUCGUAUAUAAGUUUUUAGUACUAGUUUUAACCAUAUAUUACUAUACAAAUUAUACGUGGUCAUUUCUACUUUUAUUAAAUAGUAUAAAUUUUGAUUUUUAAAUACAAUUCCUCUAUGAUACUUGCCGUGGUUAGAAGUUGUUAGGUGUUUUAGGUUAUAUUCGAUAUAUACUACUUGAUUUUGAUAUAUUUAUUAUAAAUGGUUAAAAUAUGUUUGGCAAAAGAUUAUUACUAUGUUUAAGUAAUUUACUGUCAAUCAGGUAAAACUUCACAGGUUAUUUUAUAUGAAAUUAUGUUUAAACAAAUGAUUAAAUUCAGGGCAUAUUUAUAAGAAAUAAAUACAAAUGGUGGGAAGAUUGUGUAUUUCUGCCAGGCAUACGAAGUAAGUUAUGAAGGACUAGUAUAAUUCUUGUGGCAGUUAUUUAUUAAAUUAUAGAUGUUUUCUUACUUUUUAUAUUGGGAAAAAUCCAAACCCAAUCAUUUAAUGAAACUGAAUUAAUUGAAAAAUUUUGAAGAAGUUUGAAGAUUGAUGAAGUUUUAUGUGUGUCAGCGGUACCCGUAUAUGUAUUGCUUCUAGUUUUUCUCAAGUCGUAUCGUUAUCCUAUAUUUUCAAUAUAUCGUGACAGUUAUGUUACUUGUGAACUUGUCCUGAACUUGUGGUAGUUAAUGAAGAUUGCCAAAUACUGCUACAGAAAUCGUACACUCAUUUUAUAUUGUAUAUUCCUUUAUUAUACAAAUUUGCUGUAAUGAUGGUGAUGGUAAAUAUAGCUGUAGUACUAGUUUCA